AUGGAUUACAAAGUGAAUCAAAAAGAAUCAUGUGAUAAAUAUCUCAUACAAUACAACGAAAAUAAUGAAGGCUCAUAUAUAAUUGAUAAUUAUAAUAAAUAUAAGAAGUUGUCUCGAUUUAAUGAUACUGAUAUAAAUAGCUGUGAUAACAUGCAUAUGGCAGCAAACAAAUUUAAUAAUAAAAAAGGGACAUCAAUUAUUGGGAAUAGUUAUCAAAAGUUUAAUGUACAUAAUAAUUAUAAUGGAAAUUUAGAUAAAAAAAAUGAAUUUGAAACUAGUAAGAAAGGAUCAUACUUAUUACGAAAUGAAAUUGAGAAUAAAAAUGGCAUUCCUUAUAAAUAUAACAAUAAUAAUAAUAAAACAAAUUGUUAUGAUAUCUCACAAAAAGAUAAAAAUAUAAUUAACAGUGACAUAAUAAUAGCACAAAAUGGGCAUCAAAUUGAGAAUAAACAAAACGAAAAUAUGAAUUAUACAAAUAUGAAUCAUACAAAUAUAAACCAAAAUAAAAACAAAAAACAAUGUAUACUAGUUAGUGAAUUACCUAAUCGAAAUUCUGAUAAUAAUUUAGAAAACCGAACACCAAAAGAGAUAGCUAAAUCGUCUUAUGAAAAAAAUAUCACUAACAUGAAUAAUGGUUCGAGAAAUUGUUACAUAAAUAAUAGUACAAAUAAAGAAGCCCAUACUAAUAUUGGACCGUCUGAUAAAUAUAAACAUAUAAAUAAAAAGACAUAUCGUUCCAUGAAUCCAUUGAGUGAAAUAUUUACAAAUGCUAUAUAUUCAACUAUGCAGAAUAAUUCUAUAAAUAAAACCAAAGAAAUGAAAAAAGAAUGUGUUACUGCCAAAACAUAUCAUGAAACGAAUGAGAAGGGACCUAGCACUAGCACUAGCUUGAGUAAGUAUGAAAAUAAUUAUAGUACUUCCCUUAGUGUCCAUAAUAAUAACAUAAAUAAUGAAAACGAUAUAAAUAAUAAUAAAAAUACCAAAAUAAAAAAUAUUUAUAAAGAGCAUAAUUACGAUGAUUACAGUAGUAGAAAUCAAAUGGUAUCAGGAUCUGAACUUCGAAAAAUAAAUUAUGAAAAUCUUAAAAAGAAAAAAAAUUAUAAAAAUAAUAUUUAUAAUAGUAUGAAUAAUAAUAUGAAUAAAGAAAAUAUAGCUUAUUCAAAUAAUGAUCCCAAUAAUAUUAGUAGUAUGCAUAAAAUGCCAACGAUGGUAAAUUCAGAGAAUGAAGAAGAUGGGACUCAUUUACUUCACAAACAACAAAUAAAUAGCAAACUCCAAAAAAAUGAAACAAUAAAAAUGGAUUCUAAAAAAUAUAAGGGACAAAAUUAUAUAAGUAGAAAAUAUAAUGAAAAUAGAUUCAUUAGUUCAAUUCCAAUACAAAAAGGAAAUGUCUCGAAGAAUUUUUCUGGAGUUGGGACAGGAUAUACUAGUAUAUAUAAUGAAAAUAUAAAUAAUUCUAACAAUAAUGGAGGAUAUAAACAUAAUGAUAUAUACAAGAAAAUGAUUAACAAUUAUAAUAAUUAUGGGUCGACGAAUAAUAAUUAUAAUUUAUUUCGAUCCUUUGAUGGAAAGGAUAGACAGGAAAAAAAUAACAUAAAAAAUCAGAACAAUAAAUUUAUUAAUAUUACUACAAGUACAAAAUCGGCUGAAAAUUUAAAUCAAUCUUUUAAUUUAAAAAAAAAAACAAAAAAAAAUAAACCAGGAAAGAGCCAAAAUAAUAACAAGAAUAGUAAUGACAAUAGUUCCAAAAACACAAAGAAGGAAGAAGGACUAGCAACAGAAACAGCCAACAAGAAGAACAAUAACAAUAGUAUUAAUAAUAUUGAUAAGACAAAUAAUAAUGAUAGUGGAAAUGUUAGUAAAAAGAAAAAUGCAAAUAAACAUUAUAGUACAAAUUUAUGUAAUGCAUGUCUAAAUGUUGAUGAUGAUGUUUAUAUUAAACAGAUUAAAGAAAUAAUUGAUAGAGACAUAAAUUUGUCAGAGGAAAAUAGUAAAAUAAUAUCUGAGCUAAAAACAAAUGAUAUUUUAAAUUCUUAUAUUUUUAAAAAUAUGAAUUCUUUAGAGAAUUUUAGAAAAGGAGGAUUAACAUGGGUAGUAUAUCCAAAUGAUUUGAAUUUACAAAAUGAUAAUAGUAGUAAUAAUAAUUUAGUGUCUCAAUCUAAUGAUAUUUCUAGUGUUGAAAAUAGUUCUGAAAAUGUUGGAAUUCGUUUAAAAAAUUCAAAACAUACAACAAUAAAUUAUGAUAAAUUAGAGAAGGAUAAAGAAAAUAACAAUAGUAAUUUAAAUGUUAGUAAUGAAAUAGAUUUUCCAUAUACAGAUUUAAUAAAAGAUAAUAUAUUUUAUAAUGAUAAAUAUAUAAUAGAACCCCUUAUAGAGAAUACAUGGUUAAAACGGGUUCUAUUAAUAAUUAAGAAGGAAUCGCUAGAUUUAGAUGCAUUUGUAUUUAAAUUGAAAUAUUAUUUUUAUAAAUCUGUUAUUUUUUUAUAUCAAGAAGGUAUUAAAGCAUAUUUAGGGGAUGUAGCAAAUCAAAUGAAAAUUUAUAUUAAAUAUAAUUUCUGGUCUGCUUCUGAAAUAGCUUAUAUUUUAUUACAACUAACAAAAAUAUGUAAUCUAAAAAUAGAAGUAAGAAUAAAAGGGGAAAUUGGAUGUGUAAUAUAUCUAAAUGAAGAACCUCCAAAUUUUAAGGGAUUUAUUGAUAGUCAUACUUUGAAUAAUAUAUUUACUAAAAGGGAUUGGAUGUUGUUAAAUGAAUUUGCAAUCCAAAUGAUGAGAUAUCAAUCUAGCGAAGAAUCUAAUGAAAAUUGUAAUUGUCCAUCCAAUAAAAAUAUGAAUUCACAAAAUGGAAUUUCAGAAAUAUUAUGUUUAGAAGAGUUAGAAAAAGAUCUUGAAUCUGUUUUUAGUCCCGAUUUAAAUCAAUUGAUUUGUGAUGAAAAUAGCAAAGAAAAUGAUGAUACAUCUAAGCCCAUUUUACAGUUUAAGGAAAAUCCAGAAACAGAUGCUAAACCAACUUCUACUUCCACAUCUGGUAAUGAUCAAGUGGGCAACAAUUCGACAUACAUCGCUACAGCAGAUAAAAAUGAUUGUGUAGAAACGAGUAGAUGUAUAUUUUGUUCUUCAUCUAAUAAGAAAAUGAAGUCCUACAUGUUUAAUGGUGGUCGAUAUGCAUUUGCUGCUAAAUUGAAAGAAAAAAUAAAUGAAUUUAAAUUUAAAAGGUUAGGAGAUAUUAUACAUUUAGUUCAGCUGGCAAUACAUAAAGGGAUUUUUGUAUAUUCUCAACGUAUUUUAUUACCAGUAUCUGCAUGUGAAAAAAGUGCUGAUGAAUUAUAUCCAAAAAUAAAAAGUUAUAAUUAUGAAAUUUGUAAAACUUUAAAAGAAGUUAUGAAUAUUAUUUCUUUAUUAGUUGAUCAUAGACCAAAUGGUUUAGUACUUGCCCAAUUAAAACAACAAUUUAUUCUUCAAUAUAAAAAAGAAUUAAAUAGUUUACACUUUGGAUAUAAAAAAUUACAGAACCUACUAUUGUCUGAUCCUUUUAAUAGAUAUUACAAGCUUUAUAUUCCUAAUGCGAAUUUACAUCGAACUCAUAUUCAGCAUCGAAAAUUUCAAACCCCUGAGAAUUGCAAAAUAUUUAAAAAAGAAUCUGAUGACCUUUUCCCGCAUCUUAAACUUAUUGAAGACACCGAUUUUUAUUAUCAUUAUUAUUCAGGGUCUUCCGAUUUUGAUGACCAAGACGAGAGAGAAUUGGAAGAAGCGGAAAAUGUAGAAAUGAAAGAAAAAGAAGAAAGGAGCGAUAUGGCUGGAGCAGACAAGAAUAGCUUAAUUUCGAACAAAAAAAAGAAAAAAAGAAAUGUAAAAAUUGAGCUAAAAUACAAAAAUAUAAAUAAGUUACCAUUUUUUAUACAAGAAAGUAUAAGAACUAUAUUUGAGUUUAAUGGAAUGGGAAAUAGUGAGAAAGAAAAUGAACUAAAUGAAGAUAUGCGGUUAAUCGGGGUUUCCAUAAAUAAAAUAAAACAGGAAGAAAACAAAGACAAUGAUGAUAAACCAAAGGAAGAAAAUAAUAUAACAGAUAAUAAUAUUAAUAAGAGAAAUAAUUUAGUUAACUAUUUAUAUCAUAUAGAUUUUGAUACAGAAAAUAAUAAUGCAUAUAUAAUUUUGUUUAAAAAAAUAAAAAAAAUAUUUAAUACUUCCUAUCCAAAUAAGGAAACUGAUGAUGACAUUGACAAGAGUAAUUAUGGUUGCAAAGAUGAAGGUGUAGAAGAAAAAUGGAAUGAUGCUAAAUAUAAUAUAUGGAACUUUUUUUAUAAUAAAAAAACAAAUGAUUAUUUAGAGAUAAAUAACACAUUUUAUGUUUCUCCGCUUUUGAAUAUUUAUUCAUUGAUUAAAAAAUAUAAAAUAAAAAAAAAAAUCAAUGAAACCCUUUAUGCUGAAAGUAGUCAAAAAUAUAUAGAUGAUAUAAAUAUUGAGAAUACUCAGUUUACUACUGCAUCAACAGAUAAUAAUAAUGAUCAUCAGGACAUGUCUAAUUAUAAAUAUCAGAAUAGUUUUGCAUCUUUUGAAGAUAGUAAAAAUAUUUUAUUAAAUGGUCAAACUGAACAUUCGAAUUUUGUCGACACAAACUCGAGUGCUCAAAUUGAUAAUAAAUAUAAUUUAGAAAAAGCAAAAUUAAUAAAAAUCGUUAACCAAAAUAGUUUUGCUAACAAUUUUGAUGACACAAAUCAACAAUAUUAUAACAAUGUGAAUAAAUCUGGUAAUUUUAUUUGGCAAGAAAGGAAUAUGCCAGGUUCUAAUUUGGGUUCUUAUUCUAAUAUAGAUGUAAAACUUAACAAUAUCAAUGUUAAUAAUAGUCUAGUUAGUUGUGCUAAUAAAUUAACCAAUAAAUAUAAUCAAAAAGGUGUUAACAAAUAUUGUAAAAAUGAAAAAGAAGAAAAUUUUAAUGUGGCUAAAAAGAAUUAUAUUAAAUCGGUGCUAGAAGAAAACUAUAAUUAUUUAGUUCAAAAUAAGGAUAAUAUUUAUAAUGAACAUAUGAGCAAUUCCUUACAAUUUGAUAGAAUUGAAAAGGGAUCUCAGAAUGUGCCAAUAAAUAUGUCUAAUAAUGUGAAGAACAAAUUUAAUGCCUUUGAAACGAAGUUAAAUAGAAAUAAUACCUUUUAUAAUAAUAGUAAGAUCAAUAAUUUAGUGCACCAUGAUAAAAAUGAUAAAAAUAUUUAUUUUGGUACUCACCAAAUGAAUGACGUAGUAAAUUCGAGCUUAUAUAACAGAGGUAAUGGAAGUAGUGAUGAUUUGCUUCUGGAUUUUAUGCGCAAUGAAAUGUGUUACAAGAAAAGUAGCAAAACAAAUGUUGUUCUUGAACAAGAUGAAAUUCAAAAUGAUUUAAAAAAUUAUAUAGAAGAAAUAAAUGAAUAUGAACAUGGAAAUAAUAUGAGCAUGAAAUAUUUAAAUAAAAAUAUCGAUAUAAAAUUGAAUGAAAUUAAAAAUAGAGACAAUUUUACAGAUAGCUAUUAUGAUGAAGAGGAUGCAAAUUAUUCUGAUGAUUUAUAUAACGGAGAUGAUGUAAUUAAUUGUGUUCAUAAUAAUGGCUAUUUUAGUAUUGACGACCCAGAUGAUAGUAAUAUGGACCCAAGCUAUGAACUUUUUUAUAGUAUUGAAGAUAGCAAUUUUAUGAACAAUCCAGAAUUUUCUUCAUUCUUUAUGGACAAAAUGAAUGAUGCAAUUCAUAUGAGCAAUGAUAGUAAUAAUAAUUUAGAUACCGAUUCACGUUGUUUUAAAAAAGUUAGUCUUAUAAAUAAUGAUAUGAAUGGGAUUGAAGAAAACAGCCAUAAUAGUAAUUCUACAACUACAACGACGAACACUAUCGAUAUAACUAAAAAUAAAAUAUUCAUCAAUAAUAAUGAAAAAAAUAAUCUAAUCACAAAAUAUGAUGGUAAUAUAUUUCAGGGCCGCAACUGUUUAGAUAACAAAGGACAUAAUUAUUAUGAUGACCCCAACGAAAAUACAAAAAUAAAUAAAUCCAUGUUUUUUGAAUAUAAGAAAAAUUCUAAUUUAUAUCCGAAAACGGGAUAUUUUAAUAAUAUAUACACUAAUAAUGCAAAUAUUAAAAAUGGAGAUAUAUGGAACCAUAAAUCUAUAUCAAGUACAAAUUUACCUUUAUUAAAUAAUGGCAUAUAUAACGACAAAAUGAAUAGCUUUUCUUUUUACCCAAAUAAUGUAGUACCCCCACAAUAUAUUUCGAGAAAUCAUAGCCGUUUUAAUAAUAUAAAUAAUUCAAAAUAA